GAGCGUGUAGUUUGUUUUACUUGCUACACGCAGGUAACAAUACUGAUCAUGGAGCCCAUCCCGGAGGCCAAUGAGAGUGACGAGAUGUACGGACUGGUGGACCACAUUUAUGAUGCUUUAAUUAAAUAAAUACCUUUUCGUGCGAGAACCCAGAAAAAUAAUGAGUCAAGACUCGACUCACGGUCAGGCAAACCCUCACGCGGAGCCUGAGCACGUUAGUGUACAUACGGUGCACACUGAAGCAUCCAGUUAUGUGCCCCAGCAGCCGCAGUCUCAGCCAGAACCUCAGCCCGUUCCGGAGCAGUUCGCGGGUGAGAACCCGAAUUUAGCCAAUCCGAUGUUCCAACCACAAAUGGUUGCGAACAUGUUCCAGUUCGUCCAGCAGAUGGCUGGAGCGCACGUACCACCACCACCUUCUCCUCCUGCACCCAUUGUCUCGAUUGAGAAACUCAAGAGGAAUGGGGCGCAGGAAUUCUUUCUUGAAUUCUACAAGAAUGGAAAGGUCAAGACUGUCAAAUCAAAGAAGGAUCCACAUAGGACGAUUCAAAUCAUCAAUUCCACUGUUGGAGGGACCAAAAUGAAGCUUUCGCAGAAGAAAUUGGGAGAAAAGCUUCACCUUCCCAAUUCUGGAGUUGAAAUUGGGAGACUUCCAGCCAAGAAUCUGGAUUGUAAUAUUAUUGGAAUUUCUGGGCAAGCUCCCUCUGGCCCAGCGAAGAAAGCUGAUCUGAACAAGGACUACAAGCUAGUCCUUGAACUGGUCAUCGCAUGCCUCGAGUGUGGAAGUGGAGGACAUGCUGAUGACAUCACCCAAGAGAGGGCCUUCAUCAUCAAUGCCCUCAUUGCCAAGUCUAAGGUAAAUUGGGUUGCACAUUUCUUCAAUUCCAUCUCAAAGCAUCUGGGAAAACCCAACCAGAAAUACCUUUGUCAAGGUCUGUACAUUGGACAUAUUCUGGAGUCCAUGGGUGCUGCUUCUAAAGGAAAGAAGUAUAAUGCCAGAUAUUGGCUAUACUAUCUGUCUUCCAAAGGGGAAAACAAAGAUGACACUAAUGCAACUGCAGAGGAAAGUUCUUUAGACAAUGUCCUUAUCAUGAGUCUGAAAAAGUCAGUAAAGAGGAAGCAAGUGGUGUCUCCCUCUCCCAGUGCUGAAGCACCACAGAAUCUUCCUCUGGUCAAUCUUGAAGAUGAAGAAGAAAUCUCUGCCCAAGGAGAACUACAAAGAAAAAAGAAGAGGAAAAUCAUCUCUCCCUCAACAUCUGGAAAUGUCAACCCGGAUGAGUUGAAGGAGAAGGAAACAGUUGAGGAAAACUCUGCCCACAACCAGAGCCAUCAACAACCUGAUGAAGAAAUUCCUCAAGUUCAGAAUUCUCCAACUUCCUCACAACCUCAAAUUGAUAAUGCUAAGAAUCAAUUUUGGCAGCUCUACUACGACUGGAGAGCUUGGAAAGUUGGAAAUUCAGCAGAACAGUUGUUGAGUUGGGACCAGCAACUGAAGAAUGAGAAUAUCAUCAUGAAAUGCUUAGGUCUGCCAGUCAACUAUUGCUGUGAGCAAAUCCUGGAUGUUGACUGGGUAUGGCAAAUGAACUAUGAAGAUUUGCAUCUGGAACACUUGGUCACCUCACCAAUUUCAGAAUUUGGGGCUGACGAUGAGGAUCCUGUAGUCUACAGGCCAAUCUUCUCAAAGGCUACAAAAGAUCAGGGGAAUGCAGCCUCUACUCCACAAGAACAGAACCAAGAAACAUCAGAAGAACAAGUCCAGCAACUUCUCCAUUCUCAAGCUUUAGAGAUUCUCACAACUCCUUGUGAGAUCACCAAUCCUACUGAAACUGAGAUUCCGGAGAAGUCAACAGAAAAUCUAGAGAUGUCCAAACCUCCAGAAGCAAAUGAAGUUCAAGAAGAGCAAGCUGUAGAAAUCCAGAGAAGUUCUGCAGAAGCUAAGAAGGAAAUUCAAAUGACUGGACUAGAGACCUCUGAAACUCCAGUAGCUGUGUUUAAGCAGCAGAAUGAAGUUGAAGAAAGAGAUUCCCUCUCUAGGGAAGUCUCAAACUUUAUGCUUGAUGAGACAGAAGAAGAGUCUGAAUGGACAUUAAAGAUUGAUGAUGGAGAAGCUGAGCAAGAAGAUGCUGAAUCUCUCCCUAUGCAACUCUUCCACAGAGCACCUUCUUCACAUCAGGUAACUAACUUUCACUUCCACAACUCUUCCACAUCCACCCUUCCGGAUGAGGUACCGGAAAACUGGACAAGAAAGGUCCAAGGGUUGAUUGAAUCAGCCCUAGCGUCUCAGCAUGCCUCCUUUAGGCAAGAGAUAGAGCAAAUGGAAGCUAGGCAUAACAAGCUGAUGGAGAAAUCCGAAGAAAAACGUUGCUCAGAUCUCAUGGAGAUAAGCAAAUCCGUGGACAAGACUCUAGAGAUUAUUUCUCUUUUGAGUAACUCUCUGAGAAACAUAAUGGAAGCCUAUGCAUUUGACAGCCACCUACAAUUCAAAGAAAUUCCUAGAAUCAAGGAGCAGAUAGCAACUAUCACAGUCAGUCUUCAGAAGCAGAUGAGACUCCUUCAGAUGGAUAUCAGAUCAGCAUUGGCAGUGUCUUCAGCAAAUCAGGUGGUGAUCCAAGACUACUUAAAGGUUAUUGCUGAAAAACAGAAGGAAGCAUUCAGGAUGUUCAAGCACUUUGGAACUUACACUGGCAAUCGCAAGAUAGAUCAGAGCAAUCCGGAAAACUCAACUCAACAUCUAACACACUCUGGCCUUGAUGGAUCAGAAGUUGUUAGAACCAUUGCCUCCCACUUCUCAGAUGAUGCACAAACAAAGGAGAGAUACAACAAUCUAAGGCGCAUCAAAGAACAGUGUGGAAUUAUGCAAGGCAUUGGUGAGACUGCCGGAUCAUCAAAGCGCAGGAAGUAGUGAAGGCUCUUUUCAUCAAACCAGGGGGAAGUAUGUGAAAAUAUUAUUUGGUUUUGAUGAAAACACCUUCUUGUUUAAACAUGAGUUUUAGUUUAAACAUUGCUUAAUAGUUCUCUUAAUUACGCUUAUUUUGCUCGAUCAUAUUCACUUUGAGUGUGAUUUUUGAGAUUUACUCCUGAGCGCAUACAUUCAGGGGGAAUAUAAUUCAGGGGGAACUUAACUGUGUUUGGCUAACAAUUGCUUCAAUUGUUUUUGGCAAUGAACUAUUGAUAAACUC